AUGCGGAGCACAACCUCUCUGGCCGCCAUCGCCUUCUUGGCAACGUCGGUCUAUUCCAUGCCCAACAUCCGAGCCAGGACAACCGACGGGCUCACACCUUGGGUGACCGUCGACGACUCCGGCACUGCUUCUACCGUGACGCCGUACGUGACGACAGUCGAUGGUGUCACCUCUACGGUCUCUGCUGCUCCAAAUGACAUUACUGGCACUGUCUUUACGCAGACCAGCUAUGGCAAGAUCACAACGAGCACUGGCUCGGCACCGAUAGCCACAGCCACUGCUACCGACGGUGCUGGCUCUUUUGCUGUCUGUAACAACAAGGAUGGCACCGAUGCUCCAUGGUGUUCUCCGGACGAUGGCUCGAAUCUGUACCCGGGAACUACCUAUUACUUCGUCUGGGACAGCUCCUACUUUACUGCCAACACAACUGUCCAGAUUCAAGGAAACUAUUUCAACCAGACAACCGGCGAGACCACUACUCAGGCUUUCCAGUCGGACAAGAUGGUGGCAUCGUGGGGAUUCUGGGCCUUGACAGUUGACUCCAGCCUAAUGCAGGGCAAAUCCGGCGUGAAUAUCUCCGUGGCCAUCACUGCUGUCAACACGACAAGUAGCACCAGCAGCAAGUCUUACAAGGGCCCAACUAUUCUAGUCACCAAGACUCCGACAUACCAUGCACCGGCCGCCCAAUUGCCCAACGGAGCCGCCUUGUACAUUGGCCUUCCUGUCAUUUUUGGCUUUGUCAUCAUAUGCCUCUUUGGUACUUGUCUCUGGAACAAGAAGCAGCGCAGAAUCACUCUUGGCAACGUCAUGUCGCGCACUCGCCACGGCCACGGUCUUGGUAAAGCGCCCGCCCGUGGACUUACCAAGCGCCAAAAGGAGCAAAAGGCAGCAGAGCGUGUCCAAUUGAUGGAGCGUGAGGUUGUCGCGGGCGGUGGUCAGGUCUACCGCGACGAGCCGAACCCCCGCUACAGCGAUCUCCCAAGACGCGACAGCGAUCUCCCAAGACGCGACAGCGAUGCACUUGGCAGUCUGGCUGGCACUCCGGUGGAAGACAAGAGCAUGGAAUUCCAGCAGUCUGGAACCAGAGAUGGUCGUGAGAGGGUUGCGGACGGUGAGCGUAACUACUUUCGGGAUGAGAUGAGAAGACAAGAACAAGACAGGCUGUAA